GCUGCUGCUUUUGAAACCUAUCGAUUAUCGUUGCUGCGAAGGCGCAAAAACAAUUGGAAUUGUUGACAAAAUGUGCGAAUCGACGAAGACGACUCCAGAGGACCAAAGGAAUGUGGAGAUUAAGGCACACAUACCAGGCGGAGCCGAGGGCUUCUCAUUGCGCGUGGACAUUGCCCGUCGCCUGACCGGCAGCUUAAAUGCAGAAGAGAUUAAUCAGCGCGACGUGUUCUUUGAGUCGCCGCUGGGUGGACGCCUCAAGUUACGCUACCUCCAGGCACCGGCACGUUCCCAAUUGGUGUACUACGAUCGUCCCGAUGUCGCUGGGCCCAAGCUAUCCAAAUUCAACAAGAUCGAAGUCGACGAACCUGACGUUCUCGAGAAGAUACUAAGCCAGUCAAACGGAGCACUCGGUGUGCUGGCCAAGAAGCGACAUCUCUUCCUAUACGGCCAGACGCGCAUUCAUCUAGAUGAGGUCAAGGAUCUGGGCUAUUUCAUGGAGUUCGAGGUGUGCCUGAAGCCGGAGCAAACGCUGGACGAAGGUCAAGUUAUAGCAGAGGAGCUGCGGCGGGAGUUUGGCAUCGAGGAGAAGGAUCUAAUGACUGGCUCGUACUUUGAUGAGCUUGUUAAGAGGAAAAAGGAGAUAAGUUCUUGAAGGAUCAACAGCUAAAAUGUACAAUGUUGAGCUUACAUACAAACAAUACUAACUACGAUCAAAUCCAAGCUACAAGCUGUAAUAUAAACCAUCUUAAAGAGAGAGCUUUUGUCACUGGUCUUAGUUCACAAGUCCAUUAAAAACAAUAUAUUAACUCA